AGAGCAAACAUUUAAAAACAAAUAAAACUAAUAAUAACAAUUGCAAUAGUUUCCCCUGUGAGCAAAUACUUCAAGUUCGAGAGACUUGUGUAAAAUUCUCCAACGGCUACGUCAACGUCACCACCAUCUAUCUGUCUAUACGAAAAACUACUACAAAACUUCGAAAAUCGUAACAAGUGCAGCUGCCUGCUUCGAUCAGCGCUGUACGCUUUAAACGCAGCUCUGCCUUGCCAAAACAGAGCAGCAGAAUUAAAACUUUUCAAAUUUGGCUGAACUCAACUUGCGAAGUUAAAUUUAGUAACUGAAUUCAAUACCGUUUUGUUACGUUUUCGAGUUGGUCGUGUUUUCUGCAACUCUACGCUCAGGCGCUACGCUCCAAGAUAUUUUUGAAAUAAUUUUUUUUUAGUUUUCUGUUCCGCGUUCGAUUACAUUGAGAAAAAAAUAUUUUUGAAAAACAACAAAAAAAAGAAUAAAAUAAAAGCGGGUGUGCAAAUAUGCAAACAGUUGCAAAAACAAGAAAAAAAUAAAUAAAUAAAUAAAAUACCACAACACAUGCAUGCUUCAGUAUAAAAAAAAAGUAUUUUUAAACGAGAAAAGUGUUUUAAAAUUUGAAGGGAAAAUCCAACAACAACUUUUCCAAACUCCAUCCCAAAGCUUAAAGGCCUGAAAAUUGCAAAAGAGAUCAAAAAAAGAAAACAAGUUUUCUGUUUUAAAAAAUUAAAAUACACAUACGUUCCUGAGAGUUGAUAACUUUGACAAGAGUUUUGUGAAUUUUGUUGAACCAUAGAAUAAACAUAUAUCUUAACGGAAAUGUAAAUCAUUCGCCCCCUAUCGUUUUUCAAAAAAAAUAUAUAUUUUUUUAAAACUCUUAUUUUUUAAAAGAACAUCUCUUAAAAAAAUUGACAAAUAAAAUUGUUGGUUACUAAAAAAAAAUCCAACGGAUUUUAUCUCUUAAAAAAUUUUAUUUAAAGUACAAAAAAUUAUUGUGAUCACAAAAAAAAAUAGUCAUAAAUAAUUAACAACCCUUAAUAGUCUUAACAUAUUGACAACACAAAGUCCCCCGACUCAAACCUAACAAAUCAAUCAACAAACCCAGGAACAUAUCAGGAGAACAAACAUAACAAAACUAUUGUUUUGUUUUUUAAUUACAUAAGAAUAUCGCAUCUAUACUAUAAAGAUAUACAAUACAUAUAUUUUGUAAAUAAUAAUAUACAACAACCAAAAGCUUUUCCCCACCGGACUAUAGUAUAAACCCCCAGAAUAACAACAACAAAAACUCACACAAAAUGACUGGUUUUACCAACGGUGGAUUUGAAAACGAUGAACCUGUGAAGCCAAAACCAGGUUUCGAGCCGGACACAGCCUCACUCAGGGAGAAAGUUAUCCUCAAUCCCGCUGAAAAAUGGCGUAUAUUGAAAAAUAUUGGCAUUAUAUCACUAGCCUUUAUGGUGCAAUUUACAGCGUUUCAGGGCACAGCUAACUUACAGUCCUCUAUUAAUGCCGAAGAUGGUUUGGGUACCGUGUCGCUGAGUGCCAUUUAUGCGGCGCUUGUGGUUUCCUGUAUAUUCCUGCCCACAUUAAUUAUUCGUAAGCUAACCGUUAAAUGGACCUUGGUCUUCAGUAUGCUGUGCUAUGCCCCGUAUAUUGCCUUCCAGUUGUUCCCAAGAUUUUAUACUCUGGUUCCUGCUGGUAUUCUAGUCGGUUUGGGUGCUGCUCCUAUGUGGGCCUCCAAAGCCACAUAUUUAACUCAAGUCGGUCAGGUUUAUGCCAAAAUCACUGAACAGGCUGUGGAUGCUAUUAUUGUAAGAUUCUUUGGCUUCUUCUUUUUGGCUUGGCAAACAGCUGAAUUGUGGGGCAAUCUUAUUUCAAGUCUUGUGCUCUCUAGCGGCGGUCAUGGCGGCGGUGGCGGUAACGAUAAUAGUACCAUUCCCAAAGAUCUCCAAUAUUGCGGUGCCAAUUUCUGUGUACAUGGCAGCAAUGGCCACACCAAUUUGGAACGUCCCCCAGAUCAUGAAAUCUUUGAAAUUAGUAUGAUCUACCUGUCCUGUAUCAUUGUUGCUGUUGCUAUUAUUGCCUUCUUCUUGGAUCCCCUCAAGCGUUACGGUGAAAAACGCAAAGGUUCACAAUCGGCCCAAGAGCUAUCCGGCAUGGAAUUACUCUCGGCCACAUUCCGUCAAAUGAAGAAACCCAAUCAACAAUUGCUAAUUCCCAUUACCGUAUUCAUUGGCAUGGAGCAGGCUUUCAUCGGUGCCGAUUUCACACAGGCCUAUGUUUCAUGUGCCUUGGGUAUUCAUCAAAUUGGUUUUGUGAUGAUUUGCUUUGGUGUUGUCAAUGCCAUCUGUUCCAUACUCUUUGGUUCUGUGAUGAAAUAUAUUGGCCGUACUCCCAUCAUUGUUUUGGGUGCUGUGGUGCACUUUACCUUGAUUACCGUUGAAUUGUUCUGGCGCCCAAAUCCCGAUAAUCCAUUGAUCUUCUACGCUAUGUCCGGUCUAUGGGGUGUUGGUGAUGCUGUAUGGCAAACACAAAUCAAUGGUCUCUAUGGUUUACUGUUCAGACGCAACAAAGAGGCUGCCUUCUCCAAUUAUCGUCUCUGGGAAUCGGCUGGCUUUGUCAUCGCCUAUGCUUAUGCCACCACAUUGUGUGCCCGCAUGAAGCUGUACAUUUUGUUGGCUGUUCUAACAUUGGGAUGCAUUGGCUAUAUUGUCGUUGAAAUCUUGUACAGAAGAAAGCAACGCAAGCUCAAGAAACAAGAGAAAGCCGAAGCCGCCGAAAAGGAGAAGGAAGCUGCCGCAGCCAAGGCUGCUGCCGAAUCGAAUAUCAAUGGCACACCCGAAGUCGAAGAAACCGAUGACGAAUUGGAUGAUCUCGAAGAAGAUAUUGUAGUGACACAUUUCUAAGUCGCUAAACAAUAAUUAGAAACAAACAAAAACACACACACACACAUAAAUAACUAUGGAAAACAAAAUAAAAAAGAAAAACUAAUAAUAUUCACAAAACUAAAAGAGCUAAAAGCUGUUUAAAGCUUUUGCUCUAAAAUUUGAUGCAAUAUUUACACAAAAUACAAAGCCGGGCUUUUUAACAAGCUUUCAAAGCUUUGUCUCAAAGCAAUAUUUUCUUAUAAAAAUAUAUAUAAAUAUUCAUUAUAAUUUUGUUAAAUACAUACAUAAACAUUUUUUUAAAAAAUUUUAGUGAAAAUUUGUAAACAAUAUUAUAAUGAAGUUGUUGUACUGUAACACUGUACAAAACAACAACAACUGCAUGUACUUCAAACAAACAAGUUUCAAAACAAAUUGUAAAUACACUUGAAAAAAAUAUUACUAUAAAUACCAUAACGAAGCGAAACUUGAAUGUUACUUAAUUUUAUUUUUAACAAGAACAACAGCAACAAAUCAAACAUUCCUUAAACAAACAAAAAUUAUACUAACACAACACCAAUACAAAAAAUAAAAACAAAAUUAAGAAAGAUUUACAAACAAAAACGUAAAAAUUAUAUACCUACUACAUGUGUAAUACAAAAAUUACUAACAAAACCUUGUGCAUAUUGACGAGUGUGAAAAGCAGAAAAUAAAAACUUGCAAACUUGUUCAAAAGUAGUGAAAA